GGCUUCCUCUUUCAGGGCAUUCAUACAAAACAUAGCACCAUGAAGACUGGUUUUCACCCGAUUGGACGAUCAGUAGAUGGAUUGUAAAUCUUGUUUUUCUAUUUUGUAGUAACGGCAUGAAGCCAGAAAUAUUUUAAUACCGAUUUUUAGGUUUUUGUUUUUUUCUUAGAAAAGGAAAUGCCAACAGUUAGUAGGUAUAUGAGUUUCCGUUCAUCAAAGAGGUUUAAAUUUUCCAGCAGCUACCCAGUAGAGAGCAGUGGUGGUGGAGUGCCAACCAAAGUGAAGAAGAGCAGAAGCACUUUAAGUAAAGAUGGGGUCAAAAAAGUGGAGGCCAGGAAGACGUUGAGUCUGGAGGCCGCUCAGCUGCAGAUCGAGGAGCAACACAAAACCCUCACCAGACAGUUGUCAAUCAGGUCGCAGACCUUCGACGUUGACUGCAGAAGCUUCGAAAGGAAUCGGGCCAGCAGCGCACAAAGCAGUUUCAUAAAGCACAACGCAACAUUCCACAAGUUGUUUCCAGACAUUCCAGAAAGCGAAGAUUUGAUACAUGCAUACAUCUGUGCCCUACAAAAGGAAGUGCCCUACCACGGUCGACUGUACAUCACUAACAGUAAUGCCUGUUUCCACUCCUCUGUUCUGCUCAAGGACACUAAGGUCGUGAUCCCCGUCUCCUCUAUCCACAUUGUCAAAAAGCAGAACACUGCUUUGCUGGUACCAAAUGCCUUGUCAAUUCGAACCACCGAGGGAGAAAAGUUCCUGUUUGUCUCGCUGCGGAACCGAGAUGCGUGUUAUCAGCUGCUGCGCUCCGUCUGUCCUCAGCUUGAGGACCGCAGCACCAACAGUAGUCCGGUCAUCUCCUCUGCUGAGCAAAGCUUUGACAAGAGCAAACUUGUGAACUCCAGCCAGUCGAGUCUAGAUGGCAGCUUUGACCUGUUCGAUGGUUCUGAGUCGCAGUCGUUACAGGACAAACCUCUGCACAACACGCACAAAGAGGCUGCACUACCUAAUGGAACAGGAUCCACUUUCAAGAGCCUGCAUGAGCUGCAGAGUGAGAGCUCAUCUUCAGAGGACGAUCAGUCAGUUUCAGCUGCAGGUGGCUGGUGGGUUUGGAAUGUGAUGGAGAAGGCCAAGUCUCUGCUGGUUCAGAGAGAGGCCAGCACCCUCAACACGCUGCUCUUCAUCUACUUGAUACUGGUGGUGGUGCUGCUGCUGUCUUCGGGCUACAUUGGGUUACGAAUCGUGGCUCUGGAAGAACAGCUGACGUCACUUGGUGCUUUGCCUGAGUUCACCCUACAGAGCGGGUACCGCCAAGACACAUAACAUUCAGCAAGAGAAGGAGAGCUGCAACGGCUGAUUGGUGACUUGGAGGAUCGCUUGCACCGGAAGACUUUUCACAUGCUCGGACGGUGCGCCCAAGACACUGUAGCGUGACGCCAAGAGAAAAGUGGCCAAUCUGUGCAAUUUCAGAGACAACUUUUUAACUUGAAGGGCUAUAAGCUUACAGUAGUUUAAAAAAAAAAAAAGAGAGAGAAACACCACCACUUACUCACACAGAGCCGAGCCAAAACGCAUGUACAUCCUGCCUGGUUGCAGCGUGUCUUGCUGUGUGGACCAAAGCCAAGCUUGGAGGACGCGGGAGCCACUGUUCCACAUCUUCUUCCACUCCUUCAGCAUGCAGUCUUAACAGGGCUAUCUAUACCCAUCAGCAUUAGCCAGCUGUAGUGCUCACCGGCACACCUCGGCACCGCAGACGUCGCGCUGCCGCUAGCCAAAGAUGUGCACGUCUUUCUGCAUGACGUUCACUCUCACCCUUCCUUCCGUCUUUGCAGCAGUAGGAACGCGUCUGUCUUUUUGGAAACUUGGGUACCUCUCUUUUGAAUGUCUUUUCUUUCUGACCUGCUGUGGGCUGAAAUGAUGAUGAUGAUGAUUAUGAUAAUGAUGAUCAGCCCACAAUGGUCUCCUCUCAUCCUCUUUCUUGAUCUCUUCCUCUUUGAUGUGAUUUAACAGGUUUAAUGAUCAAUACUCAGAGAUUGACCUCCAUGAUCAAUGCAUCCAUAGUUGACAGCAAAGUAGGACAACGUGCCUCAUUGUGUUGUUGGGACCAAGUAGCAUUUCUGUGUUCAUAGUCUUUUUUUUUUUUUGCACCAAUGAUGUAUUGCUAAUGGUCAUAUACUGUAUAUGUCUGCAUUAAGGAGAAUCGACUGACUACAAGUUGUCCCUCCCCUCAGUGUAGGGCAACUCAAAACCGUACUCGUUAAGGUCCAAGUUUCAAUAACAAGAAAGAAAAUGGCUCCACAACAUUUCAAAAUGCAACAAAUUUAGAUUAUGCUUCGCGAAACGUCUUUUAUUCCUGUGUGUUGUUUUUUUUUAAACCUAACUUUUUGUGCGAAAAAAAAUGUGUGACGUGGUAUUGAAGAUGAGUGAAAGGAGCGAGUGCACUUUACCAAAUAUGUUGUGCCUGUCACAAUCCAAGACGCUGUGUUUGGAUUGAGUAGAAAUGGCAGAAAGUUGUCAUUUCGGGUGUUUGUCUGACGGUGCUAAGACCUGAAUUUGUUUAUUUCAAAGUCUAUUCACUCAGGGCCGGUGGGCACGACCCACCUGGUAGAUAUUCCUUUGUCAUUUCAAAGUCUAGCGCUUGUCAUUGGGCUGUAUGUCUUGGCUUGGGUGCGUCUCUUGCGGUCCCUUUCAGAGAGAUCACCACUUUGUUUAAUUUGACUUGUUUUUCUUGCUUGACUUGAUAAUUUCUCCGUAAGAGCCUCUCCCAUCUGUCUGAUGAUGCAUACAUCCGCAGCACAGCUCACACUCUGUUGUGGAAACUUUCCUUCCCCAACAAGGAGCUUAAAACUGCAUCUGAAGUUUCAGUUUGCUGCAUAAGACACGCGCAGUACUGUCAGUCUUCCACCAGGGGGUAGCACACGCACACAACCACCGUCCGUAAGCGUACUCCAUGUAAACAUCCUACAGAGGGCAGCGUUUCUGUGGUUUUUGCACUAUUCAGUGUAAACUUUGUCACAAUUGUUAAGUCCUAAAUUAUACUAUGGCCCAAUAUAUAUAUACAUCUAUAUUUAUUUGUAUUCUGUGUAAUUCAAAGUAGUCUCUGUGAGAUGACUUUGCUAUUGUUGAAAAUAAAUCAUAUGUUGCGAAGAA